AUGUUCUGGUCAGCGUUUCUGCAAUGUGACCCGAACUCGACUUUCUUCGGGUUCAUGGGUAUCACCGCGGCCAUGGUGUUCUCCAACUUGGGAGCAGCCUAUGGCACGGCGAAGAGUGGUGUCGGGAUCAGCAGCAUGGGUGUCAUGCGCCCCGAUCUGGUGAUGAGGUCUAUCAUUCCAGUCGUUAUGGCUGGUAUUUUGGGUAUCUACGGCCUCAUUAUCUCCAUCGUCAUCAACGGUUCAAUGGACACCCCUGACACUUACUCGAGUUACGCCGGCUAUGGCCAUCUCGCAGCAGGAUUGACUGUCGGACUCAGCGCAAUGGCGGCUGGACUCGCGAUUGGCAUCGUCGGUGAUGCUGGUGUUCGCGCGAACGCGCAGCAGCCUAAGCUCUUCGUGGGCAUGAUGCUUAUCCUCAUUUUCGCUGAGGCGCUUGGACUUUAUGGUCUUAUCAUUGGGCUCGUCGUCGCUACAAAGAAGGUGGAAGGCUUGUGCACGAGCUACAAGGCAUAG